CAUUACGGAGACUGAAGUCAGGAACACGAUUCCUAACGUUGUGUAACACUUGGCACCAGUAUGGAAAAAAUGGCCCAAGCUGUAAGCUGCGCUCAGGGCAGUUAGUUGGCUCUUGAGUUGUAAAAAGGGAGUGCUUUCUAUGAAUCCUGCUAUGAUUUCGGUUGGUGGAGUUCACACCUACCACCAAGCCACUGCAGGACAAAUUCGGAGCGGGUGCGCGGGAUUGCUAAACCACUCCAAACCCUGGGCGCUGUGUGCAUCUGCAACUUUCCGGCACUUGGGUUAAAAAAAAUGCAGAUUCUGAUUGGGCACCGGCGGGGUGGGGACCCGGGCACCGCACUGCAAAGCGGCUGCCCGCUCGGAUGUCCGUGCUGGGAAUCCCUCGGCCCAGUCGGACCUCUGAGCAGGGCUCCAUCACUACCAUCACCUCCUCCUCCAUACAAGACACUGGGGAUCAGGAGCGUUUGCAGAGGCCGUGGAGCGGUCCCGUGCACUGCCAGAGCGCGAGCUUCAGCAGCAACUCGGCUUGGAUCACACUCCCGCCUUCCGGCUAGGUCACCCCCAAACGCCUGCAGACGUCGGCAGAGGCUACCGCGCCCCCACCCCACCCCCAAAUAGGCGGAUGGAGGACCAUGCCCUGCCUGUAGGAUGCUACCAACCAGGGACAUGAUGACCCUUCUGCUUCUGCUGCUGUUCCUCUGCGAGGCCCACAGCCAGGUGGCGUCAAAGCCCAACUUCGUCCUGCUGAUGGCUGACGACCUGGGCAUCGGGGACCCUGGUUGCUAUGGCAACAAGACUCUCAGGACUCCCAAUAUCGACCGCCUGGCCAGAGGGGGCGUGAAGCUCACACAACACCUGGCAGCAUCGCCCCUGUGCACGCCCAGCAGGGCGGCCUUCAUGACCGGCCGGUACCCCGUCCGCUCAGGAAUGGCAUCUCAGUCCCGAGUGGGAGUUUUCGUCUUCUCGGCCUCUUCUGGAGGACUGCCCCCCAGUGAGAUUACGUUCGCCAAGCUUCUGAAGGAUCAAGGCUAUUCCACAGCUCUGAUAGGCAAGUGGCACCUGGGCAUCAGCUGCCGCGACCGCGGCGACUUCUGUCACCACCCGACCAGCCACGGCUUCGACUACUUCCACGGGCUGCCCUUGACCAACCUGCGUGACUGCAAGCCGAGGGGAGGCACCGUGUUCGCCCCGGCCAUCCGGCUGCUGGUCUUCGUGCCCCUGAGGCUCAUCACCGUGGCCCUGCUGACCCUGGCCUCGCUCAAGUGGGUGGGGCUCAUCCGGACGCCCCGCGGCGUCUUCCUCGGCCUCCUCGUCCUGGCCGCCCUGCUCAUCGGCCUCCUGCUGGGCUUCAUGUACUACUUCCGGCCGCUCAACUGCUUCCUGAUGCGGAACCGUGACGUCACGCAGCAGCCCCUGUCCUACGACAACCUCACGCAGAGGCUCACGGCGGACGCCGCACGCUUCUUACGUCGCAAUGCCAAGACCCCUUUCCUGCUUGUCAUGUCUUUCCUCCACGUGCACACGGCUCUCUUCUCUUCGAAGAAGUUUGCCGGCAAAAGUAAACACGGCGCCUAUGGGGAUGCCGCUGAGGAGAUGGAUUGGAGCGUCGGGCAGAUCUUGGAUGUCCUCGAUGAGUUGAAAUUGGCUGAUAACACCCUGGUCUACUUCUCAUCGGACCAAGGAGCUCAUAUAGAAGAGGUGACCAUCAAAGAUGAAGUUCACAGAGGCAGUAACGGAAUCUACAAAGGGGGAAAAGCCAACAACUGGGAAGGAGGCAUCCGGGUCCCCGGCAUCGUGCGGUGGCCGGGCGUGAUCCCGGCUGGCCUGGAGAUUGACCAGCCCACCAGCAACAUGGACAUCUUUCCCACGGUGGCCAAACUCGCGGGGUCUCCUCUGCCUCAAGACAGGAUCAUCGACGGCCGGGACCUGAUGCCCUUGCUGCAGGGGCAGACCCAGCGAUCGGAGCACGAGUUUCUCUUCCACUACUGCAACUCCUACCUGAACGCCGUGCGCUGGAACCCGCCCAACAGCACGUCCAUCUGGAAAGCCUUUUUCUUCACCCCCAAGUUCUUCCCCGAGGGCUCCAACGGAUGCUUUCACACCCAGGUGUGUUUAUGCAACGGGGAGUAUGUCACCUACCACGACCCACCCCUGCUGUUUGAGAUUUCCAGAGACCCCCGGGAGAGACACCCGUUAACCCCGGCGUCGGAGCCGCGGUUCCAGGAGAUCCUGGCGGCCAUGCAGGAGGCGGUGGCCCGCCACGUCCAGACCCUGCAGGACGUCCCCAACCAGCUGUCCCUGGGGAACGUGAUCUGGAAGCCGUGGCUGCAGCUCUGCUGCUCGUCGUCAGGGCUGUCCUGCAAGUGCGACCGGGAGAAGCAGGGCGGGAGACGGAGACCAUAGCCGUUAUCGCGGCGUCUGGGGGUGCAUGGGCUGGGGAGGGGGCGCCCCGCCAGCAGCAUCAGGGAUGAGCGCCCAGGAUCGACACUGGGGGAAUGAAGCCCUGGCUGCCUCCCUCCUUCCCACACACCUGGAUGCUCCAUCAAGACCCCCCUCCACACACACACACACACACACACACACACACACACACACACACACCCCUGUCCCCCCGGGGGGGGGGGAAAUCAACGUUUGCAAUAAACAGAGACAUGCAUGUUAGUUACGUCUUCCGAGGCCAACUGUUCACGUGGACGGACGAGUGGGCAGUGAGUGUCCAACGUCUGUGCGGCUGGAGGGCAGGAAGGGGCACAGAUGAGCUGCUGGCCUCUCAGACAGCGUGACCCACAGCUGGAGGCGUCGCUUACUCCACAGCUGACUUGAUGCCCUGGCCACCAGGAUUUCCCCUAGAGAGCCUCGCGUGAGAGCGAACCAAAUGUUAAGUGUUGACCGAACUCUAGCACGGGCCGCUUUUUUACCCUGAGUAAAAGAGCAUCUUGCCCAAUCACGGAUGAUGGUUAAGUUGCCGUCUUCUGGUGACUGAAAGGCGAUUACCGUCAGUGUUACUUGCAAAUACGUAUGAAGUACUCUUCAUGCGAUCCAUGUUUGUGCAUGGAUAUGUGUCUUUCUUCGAGAAGUAUGCAAUAUUUAGAAGCUCAUCAGUGUUGAAGGAGAGGCAACAGAGGCUCACAGAUGUGGUUAGUGUGAGUGUGCAUUUUGGUGAGCUCUGUCAGGGAAGGUCGGGGCUGAGACACACCUCUCCGGUCCGUAUGUCUCCAGCCCGUCAUUUGUAGCAUGCUGUUUGGCUUCUGCUGUCCCUUGGGUGAACGGUGUUUCUGAACUAAAAGUCCUACUUCAGUGAUUCUGCAGUCCAAGAAAUCCCCUCUAACAGAAUUCAGAAUUAUUGCCGUGUGAGAUUAUGCUAUUUCACACGGGUGGGGGGUUUGGGGUGGCGGAGACACAAGCUAUGAGACAUAAGCAGUCCAUGACCCAUGCCCACAAAGACACGAGCCAUCAGAUAUAAGCGGUCCACGACCUGUGCCCAUUAAGACACAAGCCAUCAGACAUAAGCAAUCCAUGACCCACACCCGUGGAGACAGAAGCAAUCAGACAUAAGCAGUCCACGACCCAUUCCCAUGGAGACACAAGCUAUCAGACAUGAGCAGUCCACGACCCAUACCCACGAAGGCACUAGCAAUCAGACAUAAGCAGUCCACAACCCAUACCCAUGAAGACACGAGCAAUCAGACAUAAGCAGUCCAUGACCCAUAUCCAUGAAGCCACGAGCAGUCAGACAUAAGGAGUCCAUGAC